AGAUGUCGUUGUUGCUGGAGGUACUCGGUCCCACUGUCUGUGCUCCAGAUGCCCCUGCCUUGAAUGCGGGGAGAUCGCGUGGGGGUGGGUCUCGAUUGAGAUGAGUGGGCCUUGUCUCACCUCUCUCCAAUUCGUGGGUGGGGCCCUUGACCUCCCCUAUGUCGUUUCCCAGGUUCCUUCUUUCCUUUCUACCGCAGGAAGGGAAAUGGCCGGGAAGAUUUCAGUCUUCCGUCGCCGUGGGCUAUUAUUUGUGCCGUUGCGCGAUGCCAGGCGUACUACAAGAUUGUAUGCAUAUUUGGCACAAUACGGCAGUACAGUAAGGUAUCUUCGCAAUGUCAGCUGGAGGUAUCCGUACGAAGUAUCUUACGGAUAUGGCUUCAACGGCCGACAUUUCUCCAAUUGCCCCUCUCCGCCCAGCAAACUACCCCUCAUAGAAUUCUUCCGGAACAGACAACGCAAUGGAAAUUUUCCUUGGUAGAUGCAAGGGACAUGAGACCGGAAUGUUUAUUUCCUCAGUUUCGAUCCUAAGCAUAAGAUCACAUUUUUGUCGCUUCUAUUCCUCAACCUGACCUGAUAACGCGAUAAUCGGUCUGUUCCUUCUGUUUCUUAACCUCACUCCGUCCGAGUCUCGACGUACAACAAGUACUGCCCUCGCAGUCUCAGCAGAAAUGGCACCCCUUAACGUCUUAAUGGUCGGCACCGGCGAGUACACCACCGGCUUUGUCGGUGGUGGAGCUUCCGGCUCAGACAAGA